CAAAACAUGAGUUUGGUAUCAGUUUCAUUGCACACUUCGUCGCUUCAAUAGUUCCAAGCUUAUCUUUACAGGAAAUCCAAGAUGUUCAAGAUCAUCGUCCUGGUUGCCUGUUUGGCCGUCAUUGCCUCUGCCCAAUUUUACGGAGGAGACUACGGUCAUCAUGGAGAGGAUUAUCACUCCCAUCCGAAAUACAAGUACGAGUACGGAGUCAAGGAUCAUCACACCAAGGAUCACAAGAGCCAGUGGGAAAGCCGAGAUGGUGAUCACGUUAAGGGACAGUACACUUUGGAUGAAGCCGAUGGAACCCACCGUGUUGUGGACUAUUCUUCCGACCAUAAGGGAGGAUUCCAGCCCCAUGUUCAGCGCAAGGGUCAUGCCAAGCACCCACACCAUGGAGAGAGCUACGCCAACAUCCAUCAACACUACUAAUUGAUCGCUGCUUUUUUUUCCUGUUGAGCCAAAGAAUGUUUUUGUGAAUAAAUAAAUAAU